AUCGUAAGCGAGUGGUGUCUGCCUCAUCCUCGGAUAUCCCAAUUUCUACUCGUUUAUCCGAUUCUCUGCACACUUUACUGGAUAUUCAAGAAAGCCGCUUCCUUUGUUUUACGUUCUUUAUCUCUCAACAUUUCUUUCUUUCUACAUUUGAAGAUGGGGAGCUCAGACGAGAAAGUUGUUGCUGUGAUCAUGGUGGGUGGACCCACUAAAGGCACUCGGUUUCGUCCCUUGUCAUUGAACGUUGCAAAGCCUUUGUUUCCUUUGGCUGGACAACCUAUGAUUCAUCACCCAAUAUCUGCUUGUAAAAGGAUUCCGAAUCUAGCCCAGAUCUAUCUAGUCGGUUUCUAUGAGGAGCGUGAGUUUGCAUUGUAUGUCUCAUCAAUCUCUACCGAGCUAAGAGUUCCUGUCAGAUACUUGAGGGAAGAUAAGCCACAUGGUUCAGCUGGGGGGCUUUACAACUUCAGAGAUCUGAUCAUGGAAGACAAUCCGUCUCAUAUCUUCUUGCUGAAUUGUGAUGUUUGCUGCAGUUUCCCACUCCCAGAAAUGCUCGAGGCUCACAAAAGUUAUGGUGGCAUGGGGACUAUUCUAGUAAUCAAGGUUUCAGCUGAGUCAGCCAACCAGUUUGGGGAGUUGGUAGCAGAUCCAGUCACCAAUGAACUGUUACAUUAUACGGAGAAACCUGAAACUUUUGUAAGUGAUCGAAUCAACUGCGGUGUCUAUGUGUUUACACCAGAUAUUUUUGAUGCUAUCCGAGGUGUUUCCUCUCAACGGAAAGACAGAGCCAAUCUGAGACGUCUUUCCAGCUUUGAAGCCCUCCAGUCUGCUACAAGGAAUCCUCCGUCAGAUUUUGUAAGGCUGGAUCAAGACAUCCUUACGCCUUUUGCUGGGAAGAAGCAGUUGUAUACAUAUGAGACCAUGGAUUUCUGGGAACAAAUAAAAACCCCGGGAAUGUCCUUAAAGUGUUCUGCUCUGUAUCUUGCCCAAUUCCGGUUCACUUCUCCCAAUCUUUUGGCUAGUGGGGAUGGCACAAAAAGUGCCACCAUUAUUGGUGAUGUUUAUAUUCAUCCAUCAGCAAAAGUACAUCCAAGUGCCAAGAUCGGUCCCAAUGUCUCAAUAUCUGCUAAUGCCCGUAUAGGAGCAGGUGUAAGGCUCAUCAGUUGUAUCAUUCUUGAUGGUGUUGAAAUCAUGGAAAAUGCCGUUGUUUUUCACGCAAUCGUGGGGUGGAAGUCUUCUAUCGGGAAAUGGUCCCGUGUUCAGGCUGAAGGAGACUAUAAUGCCAAACUCGGAAUCACAAUUCUUGGAGAAGCAGUGGCUGUUGAAGAUGAAGUAGUGGUCACCAACAGCAUCGUUCUUCCGAACAAGACGUUAAAUGUGAGCGUUCAAGAUGAAAUACUUCUAUGAUAUUUGUAUCCGUUCCUGAUCUGCCGGAUCUAGGCUCUCUCCCAUAGUAAUGUCAUGGUUUUUUCCUCUGCAUUUUGUGAACUAGGGAAAUCAUAGUAUGUCAUAAAUUUACUCCUAUGUAAACCUUUGAGAUGUUGACAUUAGAAUAAGAGUAAUUUUGGUUGUUUA